AUGGAUUCCACGCCCCUCAAACCCGGCCUUCUCUUCGUCCACGUACGUCUCCACAACCCAAUCGUCUCCAUUGCCCCAACCUUCCUCCGCUGGACAAAACUCCACUUCCAAGACCUCCUCAAUCUACCUGCCAUCCCCUCUUCCAAAGCCAAAGUAGCCUUCUGUCUACGCGCCACCGCACCUGACGAUGCUGAGAACUACUCACACGAAGAGAAAUCAAGCGCAAAGUCUGCAAUCGUGCACAUAUGUGCCAUAGACGAUCUAUCCGUGACAAAAAGUAAACCCUUCCGUGACAUAAGUCCGAAACUGAAUGUAGAAUACACGCGGCCCCUCGGCGCACACGAACAAGCAGUCGCUUACAAAAAUCCAAACGACACCAUUGACAAGGAGGCAAUGGUUUCCGAAAUCGCCAACUCAAAACUAGCCGUGUAUGACGAAGUUGAUUCAAGCGAAGAGGAGCGAUUCCACGCCUUGAUGCCCGAAAACGUAGAUGGCUGCUUGGUCGGAGUGCAUUUUACACUGCUCUCGUUUUCUGGCGAUAAAAGCGAUGACGCGAUCGAAAUCAAAGACUAA